CUCUCCGGCCAUCUAAUUCCUCUGCUACUCACACACUCGUAAUCGUCUAACGCUACACGACACAAGAAUGUUCAAACUCUUCCGCCGCGUCUCUGGCUCCUUUUUGCCACGUCCCGAUCGUCCGUUCCCCGAAGAUGCCACCUCCAAUGCGCCCACCGUCGGCCGCAAACGUCGUGCAGACGACGACGAGGCAGAGCCCCGCGCGUCCAUGUCCAUGAAGCGUUCGCGCCCUGAGUCCACUUUGGUUGACCCUGCGAGCGUUGCGCUGCCCCCCGACCUCAGCCCUAUCGAGGAGCGCAAGGAUGGCGAGGACGUUAAGGAGGUCACGGAGGGUGUCAAGGAAGUCGAGCUGCAGGAUGCGGCCCCUGUCGUUGCUGUUGCUGGCUCCAGCACAGAUGCAACCGAGCCUACGGAAGACGCACCCAUCGCAGACUCCGAGCCUACACCUAUGGUGACAGAUUCUAGCGCAGAAGGAGCAGAAGAGGUCAAGGAAACCGCUGUUGUAGUCGAGGAGCCUGAGAAAAUCGUUGCAGAGGAGAAGGUGUCGGAGUCGAAGGACGUCGACGGGGAGUCUGUUGCGUCUACGAAGGUCGAUGAAGAGGAUGUUCAGGUGCAGGAGAGCGACACCGCCGCUGCAGAAGCCGCUGUCAAGCCCGCCGUGGCUGCCACGUCGCUCCCAGAGGAUGUCGUCAAGGCUGAUACACCAUCCGCAACGCAGGUGGCCGCCGAGCAGGAGGCAUAAUGCACCUACCCGCGAUGCUUUAUAUCACCUUGCAUCUCCGCUUGCAUCGGCUGGAUGGGUCAGGCGUGCGCAUGGCGGAUGAAAUGAAGGGUUGAAGGUUUGAAGGGAUGCAUGGAAAAUGGAAGGAGGGUUAGAUGGAUCUAAUGGCCGUAGAGGCUUUACAUCGGUAAUGUACAUGCUUACGAUAUACGACGAUACCCUGUCCGUGCGCAUAUACGUGUGUAUACUAUUUAUGAUUUGUCUUGUCGUACGUUACAUUACUGUCAUCGUGUUCGUUGCUAACUCAACAAGUCGGAAAUUCG